GAGAUACGCAGGGAGUUAUUUGGUACUAUUUGAACUACUUUGUUGAGCUGACUGUACCCUCCUUUCUCGCCUGGGUGGUGCGUUGGCCUCCAUUCGUACAUUGCUGACUGUUGCUGCAGGAGUGUGCCUGUGCGUUUGGCCUACCUAGAGUCGGACACUAUGUCGAAGCUAUGGGAGGUCGAUCCCGAGACAAAGAGUAAAGUAAGUCUGAUAAUUGAAGCUGGGAGUGGAAGGGAGCAGGUAGGUAGAUUAUUGGUUUCGUGGGCUGACAUUCCCGGGGUUUGUUAGCUGGCUCUUAUCCAGAAGUCCAAGGGGAACGAUCGAUGCUGCGACUGCGGUGCGCCGUCGCCGCAAUGGGCUUCGCCCAAGUUCGGUACGUUCAUCUGUCUCAAUUGUGCAGGCAUACACAGGGGACUCGGUGUGCAUAUAUCCUUUAUCCGGAGCAUAACAAUGGACGCGUUUAAGAUGGCAGAGAUACAGCGGAUGGAGCAUGGAGGCAAUGAGCCGUGGAAACAAUUCUUCGACGGUCACUCUACAACCAUGGCAGAGGGAACGACGUUUGACGAUGCUACGAUAAAGGAGAGAUAUAGCGGUGACGUCGGAGAGGAGUGGAAGGCGAGAUUGACGGCCAAGGUAGAAGGCAGGGAGUAUGUGCCUGGUGAGGAGAAGAAGAAUGCUACUUCGCGGACAAAUACUCCAGGUACGCUGGGGAGUAUCAGCCCAGAUCAAUCCAGGGCAGUAUCUCCUGGGGACAUAGGCAGGAUGAGGAGUCGGAAAGAGCAGAAUGAAGACUAUUUCGCGAAGUUGGGUGGAGAGAAUGCUGCUCGAUCCGAAAGCCUGCCUCCCUCGCAGGGUGGGAAGUACACUGGAUUUGGAGGCGGAAUGCCAGCAGCAAGACAGACAUCUCAAGGUGACAGUAUACCAGGAAUUAACGACUUCCAAACCGACCCCGUUGCCGCCUUGACGAAGGGAUUCGGCUGGUUCACAAGUACAAUCGGGAAGAGUGCGAAGACGGUAAAUGAUAGCUACCUACAACCGGCCGCGAAGUCUCUCGCCGAAUCUGAUCUUGCAGCUCAGGCCCGUAUAGCAGCAGCGGAAGUAUCUCGCAAUAUCCAAUCCGGCGCCCGCGGCGCUUCAGACUCAUUCAAUCGUUUCGUCGAGGGUCCCUCAGAUGGAUCCAGCAACAGGUCAACAUCUGCAUCGAGGCGCUUUGAGCCGGAAAGAAAAGACUUUUGGGACGAUUUUGCUGCCCUUGGGGAAUCGAGAAGCACGCCGCUGAGUAAACCCGGGGCAAUCGGGACUGCAGCGAUGAAGAAGAACACCCCGACGACGACAACGACAACGACGGGGUCAAGCACUGGCGGAAUUUCGGCACCAAAGGGAAAAGAUGAUUGGGAUGAAAAUUGGUGA